UCCUCACUGGCGCAUCGCGGGGCCCGGGCCGGCCGCGCCCGCCGCCGCCUCCGCCUCCUCCUGCUCGGCGCCCGGCCCCGCACCGCCCACCGCCGCCGCUGCGCCCUUCGCCGCCCGCACCUCCCCGCAGCUCUGCCCCGAUGCUCUGAGCCCACGCGGCCCCAGACCCGGCCCCUUCCCGGCCGCGCCGCCAUCUCCCCGCGCCCCGUGGCGGCCAUUGGAGCCGCCCGCCUCACACCCAGGGAGCCGGCGGGAGGAGAAGCCAGCCCGCCCGCCCGCCGCCAUGGAGAGCCCCGGCGGCGUCACCGACAAGAAGAGGAUUAGCUCGGAACGCAGAAAGGAGAAGUCAAGAGAUGCAGCCCGGUGCCGAAGGAGCAAGGAAUCAGAAGUGUUCUAUGAGCUUGCUCAUCAGCUGCCCCUGCCCCACACCGUGAGCGCACACCUGGACAAGGCAUCCAUUAUGAGACUGACCAUCAGCUACUUGCGCAUGAGAAAACUGCUAGAUGCUGGUGAGCUGGAGACAGAAGCCAAAAUGGAGAAGGAACUGAACUGCUUCUACUUAAAAGCUCUUGAUGGAUUUGUCAUGGUUCUGUCCGAAGAUGGGGACAUGAUUUACAUGUCUGAAAACGUGAACAAGUGUAUGGGACUCACUCAGUUUGAGUUGACGGGGCACAGUGUAUUUGACUUCACUCAUCCAUGUGACCAUGAAGAGCUGAGAGAAAUGCUUACACACAGAAAUGGUCCUGUGAAAAAGGGCAAAGAGCAAAACACGGAGCGCAGCUUUUUUCUCAGAAUGAAGUGUACGCUGACUAGCAGGGGAAGAACAGUGAAUAUAAAGUCUGCUACGUGGAAGGUACUGCACUGCACUGGACACAUCCGUGUAUACGACACAUGCGGUAAUCAAACACACUGUGGCUACAAAAAGCCUCCCAUGACGUGUCUGGUGUUGAUCUGUGAACCUAUUCCUCAUCCAUCAAACAUUGAGGUCCCCUUGGACAGUAAAACGUUCCUCAGUCGUCACAGUCUUGAUAUGAAAUUUUCCUAUUGUGAUGAAAGAAUUACAGAGUUGAUGGGGUAUGAGCCCGAGGAACUCCUAGGUCGCUCGAUCUAUGAAUACUAUCAUGCGCUGGAUUCUGAUCACCUGACCAAAACACACCACGACAUGUUCACAAAAGGGCAGGUGACAACAGGACAGUACAGAAUGCUUGCUAAACAAGGUGGCUAUGUCUGGGUUGAAACUCAAGCAACUGUUAUAUACAACACUAAGAAUUCUCAGCCGCAGUGCAUAGUGUGCGUAAACUACGUGUUGAGUGGAAUUGUCCAGAAGGAUUUGAUUUUUUCCCUUGGACAAACUGAGUGUAUGCUGAAACCAGUGGAGUCUCCUGAUACGAAAAUGACCAAAAUAUUCAGCAAAGAUGACCUGGAUGACACCAACAGCCUUUUUGAAAAACUUAAACAAGAACCAGAUGCUUUAACUGUGCUGGCCCCAGCUGCUGGAGACACAAUUAUCUCUCUAGAUUUCAGCAGUAAUGAGUCUGAUGAACAACAAUGUGAUGAAGUUCCUUUGUAUAACGAUGUAAUGCUCCCCUCAUCCAGUGAGAAAUUGCAGAAUAUAAAUAUGGCAAUGUCCCCACUACCUGCCUCUGAAACUACAAAGCCACUUCGUAGCAAUGCUGAUCCUGCACUCAAUAGAGAAGUUGUAUCAAAGCUGGAGCCAAACACAGAGCCACUCGAACUUUCUUUUACCAUGCCUCAGGUGCAAGAGCAACCAACCAGCCCUUCUGAUGCAAGUACCAGCCAAAGUUCACCUGAGCCCAGUAGUCCCAACGACUACUGCUUUGAUGUGGAUAACGAUAUGGCUAAUGAAUUCAAACUGGAACUCGUGGAGAAACUCUUUGCAAUAGAUACAGAGGCAAAAAAUCCGUUCUCUACUCAGGAAACUGAUUUAGAUUUGGAGAUGUUGGCUCCUUACAUCCCAAUGGAUGAUGACUUCCAGUUGCGUUCCUUUGAUCAGCUAUCUCCACUGGAAAGCAGUUCAUCCGGCUCUCAAAAUGCUGCCACCGUUACCAUAUUUCAGCAGACUCAGACACCAUCAAGUACUGCUGAUGAAAUAAAACCAGUAACAGAACGUGUGGAUGACGUGAAGACGCUAAUGGUUCCUUCAUCUCCGGUCCACAUAAUCAGUGAAACGAGUAGUGCCCCAGCGUCACCUUACAGUGGCAACAGGAGUCGAACUGCAUCUCCGAUCAGAGCAGGAAAAGGAACAUUGGAUCAGACGGAAAAAUCUUGUCCAGGAGUGCCCAGCUUGCUAACAGUCACUCUGAAUAAAAGAUCUACUGCAAUGGAUGAAGAACUAAAUCCAAAGAUGCUAGCUUUGCAUAAUGCUCAGAGAAAACGAAAAAUGGAACAUGAUGGUUCACUUUUUCAGGCAGUUGGAAUUGGGUCUUUAUUCCAGCCGACAGGUGACCGUGGAGGAAAUGCAUCACUUGCUUGGAAACGUGUGAAGGGAUGCAAAACAAAUGGUCAUAAUGGAGUGGAGCAAAAGACAAUCAUUCUACUAUCAACUGACAUAGCAAGUAAACUUCUAGGGCAGUCGAUGGAUGAAAGUGGACUGCCCCAACUCACGAGUUACGAUUGCGAAGUAAAUGCUCCCAUACAAGGCAACAGAAACCUGCUACAGGGUGAAGAACUGCUCAGAGCUCUGGAUCAAGUUAACUGAGCUUUCACAAUACUUGUUCCUUUUUUGGACACUGGUGAAUCAUCACCUAAAGCAGUCUAUUUAUAUUUUCUAUAUCUGAUUUUAGAAGCCUGGCUACAGUACUGCACUAAUUCAGUUAGUUCAGUUUUGAUCCCCUUUCUACUUAUUUUGACAGUCUUUUUAAUAUGUUCUUUAUGUAACAGUAACUCAAACUAGAGUGCAUUUUUAUAAUUCUUUGGUACAUACACUUUUAUGUCCAUUACAUUUAAAACACACUUGCAGUAGCAGCUUUGAAAUAUGCACCUGAUUUAAAAAAAAAAAAUAUUUAUUUUUUGGCUGGGGAGGUGGUCACCAAAACUUAUCAAUAGUAAAAUGUCAACACAGGAGAAACUGGCAAUACUUCCAUCCUGCUUGUCACAGGUAGUUGGAAGACUUGUGCUCUCUUACUCUUUAUGUUCAAAUAAGUUUUUUAUUUUAAUAGUUUUUAUAAGAAACAACAAUGCUUUGCAGCAGUGCAUUGUAGCCACAAUCGCACAAUAUAUUUUCUUAAAAAAUACCAGCAGUUCCUCAUGCAAUAUAUUCUGCGUUUAUAAAAACUAGUUUUUAAGAAGAAUCUUCCUUUGUUUGCCUAUGAAAAAAUCAUGUUUAAACCUGGAUUAUGUCAUUAUUUUAGUCAUGUAAUAUAAAUUGUUCUUAAAUGCUGUCUUAUGCUUCUGACUUAAAUGAGUGGUUAGUCAAAGGAAAGGCUUUGUCUGGAAAGGGCUAGCAGCAUUUUAUCUGGAUUUGUUCUCAAUUUAGAGAGUUUGAUGUUCUUAAAGUAGUCACUUUGCCAGCUUGGAAAAAAAAAAUCCCUGCCUGUAGUUGUUGAAGUUAAUGCUAAUAUUGUGUAUGAUCUUAAAUCUAAAUGUGCAGCUUACCCUGUGUGGUAUAGGUGAUAUUUCAAGCAGAUUGUAAAACAUCUUGCAUUGUUAGCAAAGUUUUAUCUAGUACUUCAUUGAGUUGCUCAAUAUUUUGAUGUUUUGGUUUUAUGCACCUUGUUGCUAUUAACAUCCAUAUGUUUUCAUGUAGAUUUCAGUAACUUGAAUAUAUUUAGAAGCCUUUUUAUUUAGAAAUAUAUAGUUGUCACGAACAUCUUAUUUUCCUAUAUGUACUGUACAAAACCUUCAUUCACUCAUUCUUUUACUCUUUGUGGUUGGAUCUAACACUAACUGUAUUGUUUUCUUACAUCAAUAAACUAUAUGUGGACCAGGCCCCCUUGGGGAGUGUGUUACCUGAGAGAAAUGAGAUAAUUUAUAUUUUUGUUAGUGGUUAUUGUUCAUCCGUGUUCCCUUUUUAACUUAGAGUUGAUUGGAAAUCACUGCUUCCUUAUUUUGAUUGUAACAUCUCCGUGUUAAUUAUUUGAGCCUUUUCAGUACUGAAGUCUCCUAGACAGUGUUGUACUAUCGCUCGCCAAAGAUGUUAAACUUUUAAAUCUGUUAUCGCACCAGUCAGCAAACUUGAAAGCAAGGAGACAGUGUAUUUGUGUUACUUUUAGAGUGGAAAGAUUCUCCCUGAUGAACAGCUUAAAGGCUUGUCUCUGGAAGCUUUGUCAAGGUAACACUGGAAAGCAGGAAAAAGUAAAUUUCACAAGAGUGAUCAAUUAAAGGUGGAUUUUAAUCACAAAACUGCAUGAUUAAAAAAUUAAGCUGGUACUUGAUGAUAAAGCUUGUUCUACAUUCUUGUGCUGUUGACGCAGUAACUUUGACUAGGUGACUUUUCUCACUUUGCUGUCAUAAAACACAGUGCUACUGAUAAAACCUUCUAGUGUGUAAAUACAGUCAAGAUAUUCUGUGCAUUCUUCAAAUUAGUUUAAAAAAUUGUCAAUUUAAGAAAUCAAAUGUGGAAUGCCACAAGAAUUAUUUUGGAAACUUUGGUUUCAUUGGACUCUUGAGUCUUUUGAAAUCGAUGUUGUGGUACAUAAGUCUAACCUGUUUUCUAAAAUUACUGUUUCACUGAAACGUGCUUGUUUCAAACUGACAGAACUGUAUUGAACUAAAUGGAUGCUAUUCGUUACCAACUAAGAAGUUGGGAGCAGAAGGCGGAGUUGCACAAAGAUAGCACACCUACAUGUUUUCUUCUAACCUGGAGUUGAAGCUUUGUGAAGAGGAUGCUUAUAUAUAUAAUCUGCUGCUGAAUAUUAAAGAUUUUCAGUGCAGCCUUUAAGCGUACAAAGCUUAUGACGUUCUCUAGAUAAAAGCAGCAGAGCUACUGCCUACCUGCUGCGUGAGAGUUUCUGGGGUGUCAUUCUUUCCAUGGCAUCUCUUUCCCUUGCAGCAGUUAAAAGGUUUAAUAGUGAAGUUACUAAAGGCUUAGGUAAAGCACCAGCUGGUGCAGGCAUCCUUUAAGCUUAGCUCUGCAUUGAUUGACAUGAUGCUCUUGUGAGACAGUGAGGAGAAUGUUGUAGACAUGUGAAAGGUACAGGUGCGUUCUGUUUUUCUUACUGCCUCAGCAAGCUUUGAGCUGGCCUGGUGGGUUAUCCUGUUUCAUCUCUCAAGAGAAACUUCUUCCCUUCCUGCUUGAUGAUGAUCUGCUGUUCUCUUAACAUUAUUUUAGAGGAGCCUGACCUGUUUGGAUCUGUCAGUUCUUCUUCUGUGUACUUUAAGAGGGCAGUAAAUUUUCAGAGGAAAUUCCAAGUUAAAUGGAGGAAGAAAAAUCAAGUGACCCACAUGAUUCAUGAUUAUGAGCCCAGUGGAAUCAUGUCUGGUCUUAAUGGCAACAGCUGUGGGUUUAAAUGAACCAUGUCUCAUCUAAGAAUCUUCCAAAUUAUCACAUUUUUUAAAUUAUGUAUAAUAAUGUUCUGAAAAGUGACUGAAACAAGCAAUUAAUGAAAUGAACUGCAGUAGGUGUAUUGGUUUAAUCUAGGGGGAAACCCCCCCCCCCCCCCCCAAAUUAAAAUACCCCCCACCCCCCCACCCUCCUAGAGACACUGAAGAAAGCAUGGGAAAGUAACAGUAAUUGCUCAGGCCUCGUACAAGCUUUGCUAAAUACAGAUGCAAGCUUGCAAAACCUAGAAGUACACCUUUUAGCUGCUUGUUUUGGUGUUUGGUUUCUUUUCUUCCUUAGUCUCUAGGAAUACACAGCCUGAUUCUAAACCUACUUUGGAGGACAAGCUUCUAGAAUACAUUAAUUUCUAAAUGUUUUCUUAGUGAUUUUGAGUAAUUUCUUUGCUCACUUGCUACCUUUUAAACUGAGGCACUACAUUACUGCUGGUGAAGAAUAAAUGCUCUAAAGAAGAAACUGUAGGUAGAUAGUGUUUCCUUCUGCAUAUGAAAUGUACUAGAUUUUGUGGAAAUGAUAACCUGAGGAGAAUAACAAAGCUAGCUUCCAGAAGGUUGUUACUACAGCAGUAGUCAAGCCAUGCCGCCUUUGUCGUAUAGCACAAUUAUUAUUUUUACAUAUGGAUUCUAACUGAUGUUUCUACCAACAGUGAUCAUUUUGUCAAAGGUGAAGGAUUUUUUAAACCGGUAUUGAUGAGGACAUCAUUUGUUCCUUUACCUGAGUAGUGAUAAUUAACUACAGCUGUAGCUCCCCAAAAGUCACUGAAGUCUGCUGUCUGGUAACUUGGUCUCAGGUGCAAUAUUAACUAAAUUAAGGAAGCCUGGAGUCUAAAGUACACCUUUCUAACAUGCCUUCCUCCCAUGUAGUGAGGUAGGUUUGGACUGUAUGUUGAUCUUUGAAAUGGAAGCAAUUUGCUCUUAAGUUUCCAUUCCUGUGUGUCUGUGUACACACAUUAAACUCUCCCUAAGUAAUUGCUGAAUGAAAGAAUCACAGGUUAAGGCCAGAAAGGACAAUUAAGACUACACAUAACACCGGUGACAAUUUAAAGACUUCAAAGCUUAUUUUGGAUGAGUUGAUCAGCUCUGCUUCCAAUGAAAUAACUGUAGGAAUCAAAAAAUUCUGAUGAUUACAGGUUAAACUGUUGCAUAUUUAAUAAAAAAUUGUCAUUAUUUAAAAAGCGGAUUAGCUAUUUAAUUAAACAACAGUAGCUAGAGGCAGAAAUGUGGGCUGUUUCACCAGUGUCUGUGGGCAAGCCUUCCCCCCACUACACUGCUGCAUUAAUCCUUUGAUGAAUGGGGCUGUGGAGGUGGUGAGUACCUGAGCACUGUGAGCAGGGGACAGCUGGACAUGCCCCAGGUCAACCAUCUUUUUCCUGUCCCCCUGACGAGCUGCUACAGAACACACAUCUCACUCAAAUGUCCCUGCACUUACGCACAUUAUUCAAACUGUAAUUGUCCAGCAUGAAAAUAAACACUUCACAGGCCAGGAGUACUCUGUAGGAAGACCAUCUUCAUAGCAAAUCACAUCAGUUGGGUACCCAGCUUUUGUUAAAAAUACCACUAGCAAUUAGGCACUUGACUCCCUGGAAAGCUCCGUUCUGGAGAACUGUGAUUUUUGAUCCAAAUCCUAGAAAUGAGUUGUCAUUUUCCUUCUGCUUCCCUGUUUACCUUGAGCAAGGCUUGCCAAGUUACCAAAAAGUUAGAGUUUGCUACUGGAUUUAUACAGUAUGGUAGAUUUUGUGAAUAAUAGUAGUAUUCUCUCAUGAAGAAUUGGUAUAUUUUAAUGGAAUUCUUUUUUUGGAACCAAGUACAACAUAUUGCAAUUGAUAUUUCUCUUGAAACAUUGACAUACUUGUGACUGUAUUUCUUUUUGAUUGUGUAACAGUAUAAAAUUCAAUAAAAGAGAGGGUUUGUUUCUAA